AUGUCUGCAGACUUACUAGCAGAGUUCGGCCAGGACUCGGGGCCUCCGCAAAGGUCCGCAGGGAAACCACAAGCUGGACAACCACAAACAAGCUUGAUAUCUGGUCCAGAUCAUCACGAUGAUGAUUUCUUUGCUUCCUUGUCGGCAGGCAAUCAAAACAAGCCCCAGGCCUUCGUUACGAGCCUAGCAAACCAGCACCCAGCUCCGACUUUGCGACAAUCACCGGGUUUCGAGCUGUUCAAGCUGCCUCGACACGAGAACAGCGAUGUGCUUUUUGACGCUGAAACCGACACACCGGCCAAUGACACAGAAGAUGAUUGGGGAGAUUUUGAAGAACCGGAAACCACCAUUAACUAUCAACCGGAACGUCCCGAAAAUGUUACAUUGGAAGUCAGGCCGCCGGUAGCAGACUUGUUGGACUCGCUGUCACUAAAAGACUCGGUAUCAAGCGCAAAUAUAAAUAAUAGUGCUCCUGAGAAAACCCUGGCACCUGUUGUUAAUUCAUCGGAGUCUACUUGGGACGAUGAUUCAUUUGGAGAUUGGGAAGAUUUCACGGACGCACCAUCUACUGCAAAAGAUGUUUCAACGCGAGGCAAUCAUGCUGCCAAAGCUGCCAAGAAGGUCAGCUCUUUUCCUCAGAGAACUUUGCCACGCGCCGUCAAUGCCUCGGAACCAAUAUGGGAGGAUGGUUCGUCUGGAGAGUGGGAGGUUCUCACAAACGCACCCUCUGCCAGGCGCACGAGUCAACAUGCGCCAACAGAAAUUCGGAAGAAAACAAAACCUGCCGCCAAAAAUAUCAGCACUGCUCAACAAUCAACCCAUGAAGAUGAUUUUGAAGAUUGGGGCGACUUCGCCGAUGGGCCAGCAACACCACCAAUAUCCAAACAGAAACCCAAACCGGCAUCAUCAAAAUCAGCUACACCAAUACUAGACCCUCGAAGUUUUAUAUCGUCCACACCAUCCCCAACUCCCACAGUUCGACCAACCAACAUCCCACCGCCAUCCGUCCUUCUCUCCCUCCUCGUCGAAAUUCUAAGUGCACUACAAAAAGAAGCUCUCAAAGCUCAACCUCGCAGCACACCACCCGCACAAAAAGAAUCAAUCGCAAUCAAAAUCCACACCACGCUAACAACAUCAGCUCGCAUAAUAGCAGGCCGCAGUCUCCGCUGGAAACGCGACACAAUCCUCAGCCAAAGCAUGCGUAUCGGUCCCGCGGGUAAACCCGGCGGAAUGAAACUGAGCACCGUGAACAAACAUGAAGAUGUCAAGGAGUCACAGGAUGCUGUUGAUGUGUUGAGGUUAUGGCGUGAGCGCGCUGUACUCUUCAAUGCUGUUGUUCAAGGCGUGGGAAGGAAGCCUGUUCCUGUUUUUACGGAUCCGACAGCGUUGAAAGUUGUGUUGGCGCGUGCUGAGGAGGGCGCGAUUAAGGCUUCGCAUGCUUGUGCACUUUGUGCACUUAAGAGGGAUGAGCGGGUUUUGAGGGUUGAUGAGGGGGAUGUGAAUGAUAGUUUUGGUGAGUGGUGGACGGAGCACUGGGGGCAUACGGGAUGUAGGUUGUUCUGGGAGAGCAAUAGGGCUUUACUUUUGCAGAGAUGA